GAUUUUUGUGUGUUUUUCCUUUUUCUUUUUUCUUUUCUUUUUUUUUUUUUUUUAUUAGCCAGCUCCCGAGAAAAGAUUCCUGUCCUAUUAUCACCAUGGCUAGUUGGCUAAGCACUCCCCACUCGCAGCCUCAUCCACUGUGUUAUAAGCAGCCGAAGCAGCAGCAAUUGACGACGAGCCGUUUCAUCAGCUUUUCGGACUUUUGCAGUGGUCGCCGUCUUUGCCGGAGCACAAUCUAUUGUAGCUCCGAUGAUACCACUAACAGACAGCCACAACCCCUGCCCCAACACCAGACCCGACCAACUGGAAUUCAACUUUACUCUGACAUCGAGAGAUUACUUACAGAGACUGUAAAGCAAUCACAAGACGCUUGGGGACGUUCAACAAACUGGACUGAAGUUGAGGGAGCAUGGGUUCUCAAACCUAGAAACUUGCAACCCAAGUCUGUUGUCCAUUUUAUUGGUGGCAUAUUUGUUGGUGCUGCUCCUCAGCUUACCUAUCGUUUGUUUCUUGAGCGCCUCUCAGAAAAGGGUAUUUUAGUGAUUGCAACACCAUAUGCUAGUGGAUUUGAUCACUUCUUCAUUGCAGAUGAAGUCCAGUUCAAGUUUGACAGGUGUUAUCGGUUUCUUAGAGAGACAGUUCCAGAUCUUCCUACUUUUGGCAUUGGCCAUUCUUUGGGAUCCGUCAUCCACCUUUUGAUUGGAUCGAGAUAUGCUGUUCAAAGAAAUGGGAAUGUGUUGAUGGCAUUUAACAACAAGGAGGCGAGCUCAGCUAUCCCUUUGUUCUCACCUGUUCUUGUCCCAAUGGCCCAAAGCAUUGGCCCAAUUUUAUCACAGAUUGCAUCAUCACCAACAAUACGCCUAGGGGCAGAGAUGACUCUCAAGCAACUAGAAAACCUUAGCCCUCCCAUUAUGAAGCAAGUUCUUCCUUUGGUUGAGCAGCUUCCUCCCUUGUACAUGGACUUGGUCAAGGGCAGAGAAGAUUUUACUCCAAAACCUGAAGAAACUCGAAGACUUAUAAAAUCUUACUAUGGGAUUUCCCGGAAUCUUCUGGUGAAGUUCAAGGAUGAUGCAAUUGAUGAAACUUCAACACUAGCACAGGUGCUUAGUUCAGAGUCAGCCAUCAGUUCAAUGCUGGACAUGUCAAUUCGCUUGUUGCCAGGAGAUCAUGGCCUUCCUUUGCAACAGGCACUCCCAGAUGUUCCACCAGCAAUGGCUGAUGCAGUAAAUCGUGGAAGUGAGCUCUUGACAAAUCUAUCUGUAGGUACACCGUGGGAAACAGUUGCCAAAGAAGUAGGCAGCACAUUAGGUGUAGACUCAAGGGUGCUUCGUGCAGAAAUAUCUAAAGAUAUAGACCUACUUGUAGAAGUGAUUACAUCAUGGAUGGCUUCCAACAGAGAUCAAAAAUUUUUGAGGCCGUAAUGAAGACAAUAAUACCAUGCAAAAUUAUCACAAAUAAUUUGGUCUCAUGGUAACAAGGCUAGUGAAACUGAAAGAAUUAAGAAGGGAUGUGUUCACGCUUAUUUUUACUGUUCACGUUAUGUUAUUAGAGAUGUUUAAUAACAGGUUUUGUGAAAUAUGUCAGUUCUGCCAAUAUGGGGAAAUUGUAAAUUGUGUAUGCCAAACAUGCAUCUCAACCAAUUUGGGUUGGGUUAUUGGAAAUGGAUGUUUUCUAGGCUGUAAAAAAUAAAAAUAAAAAAGCCAAUUAAACUAUUA